CCUCAUGAAACAAAAGAUACUCGCUCUGUUUCCGGUUUUACGAUGACGUUUUUUUGCACACGGUCUGGUUGAGGUGCUUGUGGUGUUGUGUGCAGAAUCGCCGUCUAGAACGCGCUUACUUUCGAGCGUGGUGCGCGUGUGGACUCCCGGAUGCCAGUAUGAUUGACUGGUGGCCACGCCUCUUUCCAGUGGUGUCACUGACAUUACUGUGGGCGUGUUUAGUGGGGGCAGGUUCAGACUGCACAUCUAUGCCCAUUGAGACUGAUGGUCGAGUAGCAGAACAGGCACAGCAGCGCCACCUACAUGCUCUGUUUGACAAGUAUGGCCAGAACGGGAGCAUCUCUUUAGAAGGCCUGUUCAACCUACUAAAGGGGGUGGGGCUAGACCGCAUCCGGAAAGUGAUGGUGCAUCAUCAUGAAAACGAACAUAAUCAUACACACUCGCAUGCUCAUGAGCACGCUCAUGUGGACAAACUCACCACACACACACAUCCUGUCACCAAGAAGGGGAGUAUUGAUCAUAUUGUGGAGAAGACUGACCCCAUCCCAAAAGUGCAGCCUGAUCCUGCCUCUGGGAAGAAAAGCCAGUCGGAUGCUCACCACAAUCUCUACAUGAAGAUGAAUCAGGAACCGACCACACAUUUGACUACGCCGUCCUACGUCACAAAAUCACGGCGGACGAAUCGUAGCGCUGACUACGAUUUAACGCAAGACCACGACUCCUAUAACCACGCCCAGCUCAAUUUAACACACUCUAACCACACCCACCAUCCUGAGGACACAGCCACACAUGUGCACGAUGACCAUGAGCAUGAACACAGCCAUACCAGUCUAGAGUGUCAAAAUGCCUCCACAAUCCUGCAGUCACAUGGCAUGACAAAGGAAAUGGGUCUCUCUGUCAAGGACUUCAGUUACCUGUGCCCUGCCCUUCUCAUGCAGAUUGAUUCCAAGUCUUGCCUCGUGCACAAGGAUGACCAUCCAGAUCAUUCCCAUCAUCACCACAACCACCAUCAUCAUCAUCACCACCAUCAUUCGCAUAAUCACACCGAUGGCAGAAGCCCAAGGAAUGCUUCAAUUAGCAUUGCAUGGGUAGGAGGGUUUCUCUCCAUCACUUUGAUCAGUUUACUGGCAUUAGUUGGUGUGGUUUUGAUCCCACUCAUGAACAGAGUUUGCUUCAACUUCCUGCUGAGCUUCCUGGUGGCCCUUGCAGUGGGAACUCUCAGCGGAGACGCUUUCCUUCACCUCAUACCACAUUCUCUGGGUCAUCACCAGCAUAGCCACUCGGAGCACCAUCACCACGGUGAAGAGAUGGAAGAGGAUUCCCUUCGGCCUGUGUGGACAGGGCUCACAGCUCUGAGUGGAGUCUACAUCAUGUUUCUCAUUGAACACUUUCUGACCCUCGGCAAAAUGUACAAAGACAAAAAACAGAAGGUGCAGAAGAGGGUUGAUCUCACCACAGAAGUUUUGGAAUCUGAGAAAAUGCCAUCAUUACAAGAAAAUGUCAAAACACUUGAUUCUGUUGAAACGAAUGGUGGAAGUGCAUGUGGGCGUGGCGUGGCUGAGGAAGAAGAGGUGAUGUUGGGGGCGGAGCUCUACUCCGACUUGGACUGUGAGAACAAAUGCCACUCCCACUUCCAUGACACUGUUGGCCAGUCAGAUGAGCAGCAUCAUCAUCACCAUGACUACCACCACAUACUGCAUCACCACCACUCCCAGAACCACCACCCACACACACACUCACACAGACACACACACUCCUAUUCACUACAGCACUUCCAGCAGGCCGGCGUGGCCACACUCGCCUGGAUGGUCAUCAUGGGAGACGGACUUCACAACUUCAGUGACGGACUUGCCAUAGGGGCGGCAUUCACUGAAGGUUUGUCCAGCGGUCUGAGUACGUCAGUUGCUGUGUUCUGCCACGAGCUUCCUCAUGAGCUGGGAGAUUUUGCAGUCUUGCUAAAGGCGGGUAUGUCAGUACGACAGGCCAUUUUAUACAAUCUGUUGUCAGCCCUGAUGGGAUAUCUGGGCAUGAUCACAGGCAUUCUGAUCGGACAUUAUGCCGAGAAUGUUGCCAUGUGGAUCUUUGCUCUCACGGCUGGGUUAUUCAUGUACGUCGCUCUCGUGGACAUGGUACCUGAGAUGUUACACAAUGAUGCUAGUGAAGCAGGCUUCAGUCACUAUGGCUUCUUCCUCCUGCAGAAUGCUGGGAUACUCCUGGGCUUUGGCAUCAUGCUUGUCAUCGCUGUUUUUGAGCACAAGAUACAACUUGACAUUGGCUUCUGACCUAUGCAAUAAUAAUCUAAAGAAUGUCACUCCACAAAAACAUCUGCUAACAUUUUCUCUUUGACCGAUGACCCUCAAUCUUGCUUACCUGGUGUCCACCUGUUGAAAUGCCUGAGAUAUAAUUUAGUCUGUGGAAAAGUGGCAUCUUAAUAUGCAAGAAUAAUUGUCAUCAUCUUUGUUGCUUGUGGGAGAAAAAAAAUAAGUGUUGACUGUUACAAUUUCAGUAUAAAAGAGAAACUUGAGCCACAUUGAGAAUGUGGAGAUUUUUUUUAUUUGUUUGUUACACAGUGUUGUUCAGUAGCUGUUGAAGUGAAUUGCAUUGUUUAUUUUGCACAUGCUGUACCUCCAACAUUCCAGUAAAGUAUUAAGUGUCCCAUGA